AUGUAUGAACAACAUUCAACUGGAUAUUAUAAUACAAAAGAACAACGUUUCAAUGAUAAAUUUCCUUUAUCAAUUAUAGCAACAUUAGCUGUUAUACAAAUGUUAACUACAUUUGCAAUAUUUAUUCUUGAAAUUGGACAUAAUAUUCUUCAUAUAAAACUAACUAAUUUAUUUAUUGGAUUUUGGACUGCAAUACCAUUUACUAUUUUAUGGAUAUCGAUGUUUGCAGUUGUUUGUUGUUGUCGUCGACAAAGUUGUGCUACACAUGCUGUUAUACAAAAUAUAUUUGGUUUAAUAUUUGCUUGUAUUUUAAUUGGAUUUAAUAUUAUUUUUAUUCGAGAACCAAAUAAAUGUUUUUUUAGUGAAGGAAUUUGUCAAACAUUAUCAUGGACAAGUUAUAUAUCAGAAUCAAUUGAAUGUUUAGUUGAUGGUGUUUCAGAUGGUUGUGGAAAUACUCGUAUAUCUUUAAUAUUAGGUCAACUUGUAUCUGGUAUUCUUAUGGCUAUUACGUGUCUCAUUUAUUUAACUAUUUAUUGUAUAAUAUAUUUACGAGUAUCAAAAGCAAAUCAAUGUAAAAUACAAACACCAGCUGAAGUUGUUAUGGCACCUGUGUAUCCAUCGAAUCAAAAAAUAUUACCUAUGACUAUUAGUCAUCAUCAUCAAUCUUGUACAUUUUCUUCUCAUCCAUAUCAAGGACCAGUACCUGUUAUGAUGGCUGUUUAUCCACCACAAGCACCACCAUUACCAUCAGAUAUGAAUUAUCUUAAUCAUAUUCCAAUAAAUCAAUAUUCAACAAAAUAUGCACAACUAACAAAUGAACGAUUUUAA